AUGACGACGUUUGCAGCUCCUAGGAUUCGCCGCACGGCGCAAAACACUCAGUUCACGCACAACCUAAACCGCCGUGUGCACGACAUUCAAACGUAUCCCGUUCUCUCCCCCAGGCCUCAACCUGCUCCCAAGGAGAAGCAGAACGGAACCUCGGAGGACACGGUCAUGAUCCUCGACUCGGACGACGACGAACCCGCCGCCUCCAAGCCCAAGGACGACGCGCCGUUUGUGGACAAGCCCGCAUUUGAGGAUGAGGCCCCCAACGAGCCCUACCCCGAAGUUGUGCAGACCCUCGACCUCUCCCUCGGCACCGCCGGCCUCCACAUUGCGAAGUUGGUGUUUGCCGUUUCCUGUGCCAACAGCGAGGUCUACCUCCUCACUCUUCCCCUCACACCUCCUUCGCCCGAAAGCAAGGCGAGACCCGAGCUUAAGAGCGGGUUGCUGGCGGGACGACCUGGCUCCGGGGUCUGGGGCGAAUCUAUGGUGCUUCUUGCCGCCUACUUCGAAAAAGAGCCCGCGGCUCCUUCGACACCUCGCGCUGUCGUGGCCGCACAUAACCUCGAGGGCUCCGGCACCCUGCGCCUUUGGGAUGUGUCCCUCGACCUCAAGACGGGCAUGGCACAAAGCGCCGUCGAGGCCUUCCAGACCGAGUUUCUGCCCUCUCCGCUCUCUUCCAUCUCGUUUAAUCUCACUCACAUGACCCAGCUUCUCGCCGUGUUUGCUACUCGCGCUGUACGGAUAUACGAUUACGCGACCCCGUCCAUCUCCCCGACGAACUAUCAACUGGCCCCUUUCCGUCACAAGGCUCCUGGCUCCUCUCUCUUUACCCCCUUUCUCGCGAGGUUCCCUCACCGAAAGCCCAUCGUUGAUGCUGCGUGGAUCUCGCGUGGUAGGGCAAUCCUGGUCUUGCUAGCCGAUGGAACCAGCCCUCUGCGAGCGGGCGCGCCCGAAGAAAAGCCACGCCAGUCAGGAGAGUUUGUGCCCAUGACGCCUCACUCGCGAAAGGAUGCUCAGGUAUCGCUCAGCUCUGCUGCGGUACCAUAUGGUCGCCUCGUGGCCACCAGGGGAGGCAUCUCGGUAGUUGCCCAUCCCGUCUCCGGCACGAUGGGAAGCGACGAAAGCGUGGUGUUGUGGAUAGGAACCGCUGAGCACGUCUGCGUCAUUCCAGGUAUCAUGAGUUUCUGGAGCGCGCAGAUUCGCAAGAGUGGCGGCGGCGGUGUUAACCUCUUUAGCGGAGCGCAACCGACGCGGAUGAUCAAGCUCCACGACCUGAGCGUUGGCCUACUCGGCGAGAGGUGCUGCGGAGUUAGUGCCAUUGUUGAUCUCAACAAGGCCAAGGGUGAUGGCAAGAGCGAUGGGGGCCUUGGCGUAGAGGUGCUUAUUCGUGGCGAGUCGAGGAUGGUGGUUCUCCGGGAGUCGGAAGAUGGACCGGGCCGCAAGAUUGGAGGCGUGGUAGGGACGCGCCGGUUCCUCGGAGACCGGACUAGCUCCUACCCAGCGCCAUCAUUCGGAAAAUUUGGUAGUGUGCGCGCGGCCAAGUUUGGACGCCCCAACGACGACGAGUCGAUGGACGAUGACGACGAUACGCAUCGUGGCCCAACGAACCUUCCUUCGCGGCCCCGGACGGGUCUCAUGUUUGCAGACAGCAUAAGCGCCGCGGCGGACGUGGUGGAGGAUGCGACUGAGCGCGAUGUUGAGGUGGAAAUGCUCGAUCUCAUGGAGAUUGAUCGCCACUUGACCGAGUUGGACGAACUGAGGGGCAGUGGGCAAAAGAGAGUCUUUUCGAAGACUUUACGUGAUCGGUGGAGGGGCGGAAGCCAUCAAGCCGAGACCGAAGCGAUGGGCGUGGCCUCAAAUGUGGAUAUUUGGGACCGGUCUCGAUGCAUAGGGGCCGUCUCCUCCCUUUCUCCUACCGCAUCCCCCAUUCCCGAUCCCAUUGACCGCGCCCAACGGGCCGUAAAACAAAAGGUGGAGUAUGUGCAUAGCGCAAGAACCCUGCCCCUUGGCGCCCCACACCCGCCCUCCGCCGUGACCGCCUGCCGCAGACUGAAAAAGGAAGGUGUUCACCGUGUCCCGGCGAUGUGCGAAUACUGCCGCACAAAGGGACGCGGGAAGUGGUUGCUCGGUAGCGGUCGCGCGAGGGACGAUGUGCUGCACGCGAAGCGCCUCAUCGACGAUGCGGUUUCGAGGGCUACCAGAGGCCAAAGCCCAAGCCGGCACAGCAGCGCGGGCUCGGUCCCGGGGCCGCUGCAGAAGGGGGUCGGCGGGUCGGAUGAUGCGCUACGUCGUCGGGAGCUGCUGGUUCGGCGGCUGGAGGUGGUGGCGAAGCGGUACGAGGAGAUUUUGCAGAGUUGGGGUGGCACGCGGAGUAGCUCGUAG